AUGUUGGUGAUCCUGUGGGACCCUGACACGCUUCUUCACGAAACCGUUGAGUUGCUCGGCUCAACCCUCAUUCCUGCGUUGGAAUCACCCGAACGUCUUGAAGCAAUCCUCAAAGCCCUACACCACUCUGAGUAUCGGACUAGCACGAGACAACUCAGCUCGCUAUCGGAAGGCCCAAAGCCACGACUUCUGGACCUCACUUCGGAAACCCACGGGUCCCAAUAUCUGCAACACCUCCGAGAUGUGUACGAGGAGUGGCUAACGGCCGGCCUGAUCAAGAAGAAUGGGCAUGUGCUGCCGGAGUGUUUUGUGUUCCCCACUUCGACGAGAAAGCCACUACGUCCACCUAAGGACCCUUUCGCCAGAGCAGGGUAUUAUGCCUUUGACAUGAGCAGUGGCAUCAUGUCGGAGAGUUAUCGAGCAAUAGUGGCUUCGGCGAACCUCGCGUGCGAGGGGACAGACAUGCUUUCAGGCUUUGGUAAUGGCCCGCCCAACGACAUUGACACCGUCGUCGCUCUAUGUCGCCCCCCCGGACACCACUGCGACGGUCAACGAGCAGGUGGCUACUGUUACAUCAACAACGCUGCUUUGGCCGUGAGUGCGUGGCGAUCACAUCGGUCCGACGCGCAGAUCGGAAUCCUGGACAUCGACUUCCACCACGGCAACGGCACACAGGAGAUAUUCUACGCCGAUGGCAAGGUCCUGUACGUAAGCAUCCACGGCAAAGACGAGUUUCCAUACUACACUGGCGAAGAAGGUGAGACAGGUAUCGACGAGGGACAAGAUAUGAACAUCAACCUCCCGCUCAAAGUCGGCAGUUCGAUCGAAGAAUACCUGGAGAAGCUAGACUACGGCCUGAAGAAACUGGUAGAGUUCAAGACCGAGUUCUUGAUCGUGAGUCUGGGGUUCGACACUUUUCAUGCGGACCCUCUGGGUCAUUUUCAGAUUCACACCGAGGACUAUGAGACUAUUGCAAGGACAACAAGACAGGCGCUGACGACAGUUCCGGCUCUUAUUCUUCUGGAGGGUGGCUAUGUCCUUGAGCACCUUGGCGCCAACAUGUUGUCAUUUCUCAAAGGGUGGAACUCCGCCUCAUGA